AUGGCGGUGCCGAGCGCAUUUACAGCGUCGUCUGGGCCUGGAGGAGGGCAUUUUCUAGGCGUGGGGAUGGAUUAUACAGUGGUGGGAAUGGGAGGGUACUCGGGGCUUGGAGAAGAUGCGUAUCAUCAUCAUGCUGCUGCGAAUGUUGGUGUUGAUAGUGGAGAUGGUGGCGAUGAUGGGAGAGGCGAGAAUGAUGCCGGUACCAACGGCCGAGGCAGCGGCAAUGGCAAUGAGAACGACAGACAUAUGGCUGUUCUGGAGCAAGAGAGACGACAAGGCAGUGGCUAUCGAGAUGCAAGACACGAGAACGCCAUGACACGGCAGCAGAACCAGCAUCAAUAUCAACUAUCACCGUCAUCAGUCAACCAUCACAGCUAUUAUCACAACUCCCAGCAUCAGAGACAAGUUCCACCAGGCCAAUUUGGCAUCUUGAAACCAGGCCCCAAUUCAGCCAGCAUCUCGGAAAGCAGCACCUCUGCACUACAACGCCCAGCACAAGACCGCGUGCUAUACGGACGCUAUCAGAAUACGGCACCAGCAACAACUGGCGCCUCGACAGCUCCCUACAAACUCAGCCAGGCCAAGCUCGUCGUCGACCCUCCCGACCUCCAAGCAUGGCGCGAGAAGCUCUUCCACGUCGACGACCUCAUCAUCCUCACGCACGAGCAGUUCGAGACGUACUUCCCGCACAUUGACAACGUUUACUCUCACCGCUCCACGCAGCGCUACAAGCGAAAGCCCUUCAUCUCGCACUACUGGGACUGCCGCAUGAAAGGCCGCCCACCGGGCACGCCCAAAUCCGACGACCCUGCCAAGAAGAAGCGCAAGCGCAGCGCACGGGAGCGCGACUUGUGUGAUGUCAAGAUCAAGAUCACCGAGUACUUCCCCGACGCAGGGGCCGAGGCCGCGCUGGACCGCGACGUGGCCGCUGCUAUUGCCGCUGGCACGGCGGCUGCCAGUGCGGUUGUCAGCACGGGACAGCGCUUCUGGACCAUCCAGAGGGUGAAUGGCAAUGGGGGCAAUGGGAAGGGAGACGGUGUGGCGGGUCCUCAUCGACAUACGCUGGAGAGGAGCGAUGAGAUUAAGAAGAGCAGCGUGCAGCGCUUUGUGGCGAUGAAGGAUAGGGAGGCUAAGAGCACUCAUAAGAUGCCACCUCAGAAGAAGGCUUCCGGAGCUGCAAAAAUGACCAUCCGGAUGCAUAGCAAAGAAGCGGAUCUAAAGUUAUACGCGGCGAGCUUUUGCCCCUUUUCACAUCGAGUCUGGAUUGCUCUCGAGGCCAAAGGCCAGCCGUAUCAGUACAUCGAGACAGAUCCCUUCAAGCGUCCCGCUCCUACGCCGCUUCUCGAGGCCAAUCCGCGCGGCCGUGUUCCUGCCAUUCGGCAAGGAGACUGGGCUUGCUCUGAGAGCGCCGUUAUUCUAGAAUAUUUGGAAGACAUAUAUCCCGAUAUCCCGCUGUUCCCUUCUGAUCCGCGACUGAGAGCAAAUUGCCGUCUCUGGAUUGACCAUAUCAACGCUCUUCUCAUCCCCACCUUCUUCUCCCUCCUCCAAUCCUCUUCCUCAUCAUCCUCUCCAACUACCAUCAGUAACUCCUCUUCGAUACCGUCAACAUCUUCAUCCUCUCUCGGCCUCCUCCAAUCUCACCUCACCGCCCUUGUCCUCGCCGCCGACGAACAAGGCCCUUACUUCCUCGGCCCCUCUCUAUCCCUUGUCGACGUCCACUUCGCCCCUUUUGCCCUCCGUCUCGGCCGUAUCCUACGCCAUCGCCAUCCAAACGCCGUUUUCUUGUUAGUCGAUGCCGUCCCGGAUACGCGCUGGCGUCGCUGGUUGGAGGCCCUGGAAAGGAAUACGCAUGUUCAGGCUACGAUGCAUAUGGAUGAUUUUUAUCUUGAUACCGCUGAUUUGUUGAUUCAGACGCCAGGUGAUGGAAGUUAG